ACAACCUCCACGUAGCCGCUUUGUCGAUGGAUAUACGAGUCUAGGAUCUAUAGGCCACAUCACGCUUUGAUUUUGUGCAGUGCAUAUUUUACCAGUCGCGCCUUUUAUUUUCUUCACACCAUCCCACUUUGUGCGGACUGCUCGUCCAGUCCACCAUGUCCGGCUCAUCGCGUCCACGACUCAACAUCGGAGCCAUUCGCGAAAAGUCUCGCUCCCCAAACGGCCUCCCCAUCUUUUCCUCCGCCGUCCAAGAGAAACUACACGCGCGUUCACCGUCGACGUGGACAACAUCCGUCUACCUUCCUAUACCCGGCCUUCCAAAACGCCGGUUACGAAUCCCAGUUCCCAACAUGCCAUGGAUACACAACUCAGCCGUCACGAAGUUUGGUAGACGGAGAGGCUCCGUCCUCGUCCUCGUCGGAGUGGUUUUUGGACUGUUCAUUAUCUAUGCGUUGGCACAUCGGAUAGGUGGAGGGGAGACGACGUUGUCGUUCCGGGAUCCGUCGACGCUAGUGUAUUCGAGGGAAGACUUGCAGAAGAUAUGGAAAUGGGAGGUAGAGAGCGGUCAUUACCCUUCACGGCGUGAAAUCCCGAAAGAAGUCGGAUUCACCUCCUCGCCACUCAACCCCGCCCUUCCACCUCGGAAAGCCGUCAAGAUAUCAUCACCUCUGAAAGGCCCCGCGACAGCCAUCACCGAAACAACAGGCUACGGUCCUGAACGCAAAUACAUAGACAUCCAAGCAGACCCAACCGAUGUCCAUUACCCUCCACGGCCUGUGGCGGGCAGUAUCGCGGAUUUGGAUGUGAUUAUGAACCAUUGCGAUUAUGGCACGGGAAAGUACGUUCGUGACUGCCUCGAAGUCCUGCGCAUGAACGGCGGACUAGACAACGACAUCCGUUUCAGCCGCGGCAACUGGGACGACAUGAAAUACAUCUACUCCGAAGAAGGCCCCAUAGGCCAACCUGGCGUCAUCCCACCCAUCAUCGCCAAAGCCAGCCCCUCCGACCUCAGCCGCAAAUCUUCCUCCGACCUCGAAGCCCCUCUCGUCCUCCCUCCACCCACGCCCUACAGACCCUACAGCACCCUCUCCACGCCCUGCGACCCCGAAAAUCCGCGUAUAUUCCAUAUGUUCUGGGCGGGGCCGUUCACGGACAAACCGUACAUGGCGCUGCUCUCGUUCCUCUUCACCCAGAACCUACACCUGCAUCUGCACGAGGACAACCCGGACGCGAAUAUCUGCAGGCCGAGGUUUUGGUUGUGGAUUAAUCCGGGACCUGCGGGGGCGGUGCCGAAUCCGGCAGCGGUGCACGAUAUGUUCGAGAGGCUGAAAUCGAACCCUUGGGCGAGUCCGUUCCUCCAUCCGAGAUUCAAGGACGUGAUCUCGUUUAAGCUGUGGAAUACGACGGAGCAGUUGGAUGGCGUUCCGGAGCUGAAGGAUGAGUGGAGGUCGUAUAAGCAUCGUCUGUUCACGUCGGGUGGGGUUGUGGAAGGUGGACAGGCCGAUGAGGAACCGGUGAAGGAAGGCAAGAACGGGACAGAGGGCGACGCAGGGUCUCAGUCCGCGACGGAAUACGACCGCAAAUCCGUCAUCCUCUCCGAUAUCGCGCGCUUCGUGCUCACCCACCGUUUCGGCGGCGUCUACCUCGAUGCCGAUAUGAUCAUCCUUCGCGACUGGGAAGAGCUGUGGGGGUACAAGGGCGCGUUCGCAUACAGGUGGUCGUACCACCAGAAGUAUAACACCGCGGUGUUCAGGAUGAAUGCGUUCUCGCCACUCGGGUCGUUCAUCUUCCGUACGGCGCUCAAGAACGGAUUCGAUUUCCAUCCGAUGAUCGUCUCGAAGUAUUUGAAGGACGCGUAUUUGCAGAAUUUGUUGUAUAGGCUGCCGGACGCGCUUUUCGACCCGGCGUGGUUGAAUACGGAAGGGUAUCAGCUGGAGAGGCCGCCACAGCCGUUCAUCAAGUGGUGGACGCAUUUCUUCGAUAGUCCGUCGCAGCAGAGCGCAGGUCCCCGGGCAUUAGGCUUCGAGGGUUUCUUCCGUGGCUCAUACGCAUACCACUACCACAACAACUGGUGGAACCCAUUCGAUCCAGUCCGUAACUGGCCAGACUUAGGCGAACGUUUCAUCCAAGGCGAACGUCUCCUCCGUCUAGGCCCCGACGCCGCCAGCGCCACCACUGCGACUUUCCCCAACACCGUCGCAGGUACCCCAUCUACGUCUGACGAUAACCACGACCCCGUGGCGAACGAAGCAGGACUUCCGCCAGUCGAGAAAGUUUCGCACGACAGGCGGGAUUUGGACUGGUCGACGGUGUUGAAGAGGACGUUUGAGGCGUAUGUAAGGGGCGAACGGCCGAAUAUGUAUGGGGAGUGGUUGGUUUGGUGAGGUGGUACGGUAUGUUGGUGUGAGGUGUCAUGUGGAGAAGAGGAGAGAAGCGAAGAGGAGGUUAAAAACCGACUCGGUCAGAGUCGGGCGCGCAGUUGUUGUAGGUGGUUUCUUGUUUGUCAGAUAGAAUGCAAGGCGUUCGUAUACCCUAUUUGCGGAGUGUAUGAACGUCGUUCGAGAUAGGUCAUGGCCCGAGGACGUGGAUGCGGAAGGGUUGGUGCGCGAACGUACAUACAUUACACGAUGGACAGUUUGAAUGUGAUCAUGCUUACAGUACUUAUUUAACGGAUGUGACGAAAUGAGC